AUAAGCUUCAACAUCCAUAGACUUGAAGGCAAAAAUGUCGACCGUGCGACCGUGGCGCCAUCGCCACGCAGCAUUAUCGUGGUGUUGCAGCAUUACACUUUUUUCGGGUAGUACUAGACCGGCGCUUGCGCGCCUGGGCCAUUACAAGGUCUCUAGUGGAAGCAGGUCAAGGAAGGGGAGCUUCAACUCAAGGAAGAGCAGCUUCAAUUCAAAGAAGGAAAAGCCGUCAGAGAAAAAAGAUGACACAGAGGAAAAAGACAAGUCAGAGGAAAAAGACGAGUCAGAGGAAAAAGACAAGUCAGAGAAAAAAGCAGACUCGAUAAGUAUGGAACAAUCGAAUCUGACCAGUGGCGUUGGAAAGGUGACAGCGAACGAAAAUUACGAAGAAACAUAUUGCUUAUGUUUUACUUAGUGGUUUAGGCGUUGGCCUCUUCACUUAUCACUUUCACCUCCAUUGCACUUCAGAUAUAUUUAAGCAACAAGUUAAUUUUCUUUCGUUUUAUUCACCCACGAUGCAUUCACAUAAUGCUUUCAUUUGCAAUUGCAACUGCGAGCACUUGAGAUAAAGUUCUUCAUUCAACAAGCAGUCACUAUGAAUUUUCAGAAAAACUAACUGCCCACUAUCACUAUGGAAAACUUAUCAUUUAUCACGGAGAAUACGUUUUGUAAUUCUAAGAAAAGCUGAAAUAUUUUCGGAGGAAGCGGCAGAAUGAUCCAAUGCAACUGAUCGACGAUCCAAUUGUCGAUACUGCAGACCUGGAUUAAGGCCAUUUUCUAGAUUCCUUUUUAUAGAUGGUCCCUUGAUCAUUUUCAUUUUCUACCUGCACGAAAGUGAAUACUGGAGCGGUAUGCGCUACAUGAUCCCAAACUAGUAGAGGACACAUAACCUCAGCUCAACAAGUAGGUACUUCCAAGUGGAAAACAUGACGAUAUGUUCGUUUGGAUGAGACAACGAUGUUUUCGAUUGGACGAGAGGAUCUUUGAAAAUGAACGAGGAAGAGGGCCUUAGAGCUCUACCUUUUCUAAUAUCCGCCGGCGCCUCGCGCUUUUUCGGGCAGCGAUGACACGGCUGAUCUGGAUCCGCACAACAAAAUCAAGCCUGUGACUUUUGCGGUCAUUAAGGUCCCAAAAUUUCAGCACUUUUUUUACUACAGGACGACCGCUCCGCAAUCUGAAGAGAGGUAGGGAUAGCAUACGCUGAUGUAGCAUACGACUUAUUUGCUGACUUUACUAGUGCGCAAUAUUGCUCUAACCCUCUCAAAAUCAAACAAACCGUACUUGAUGAAUUCUUUCAGGCAAUAUCUUCAUAAUAUCCUAUCCGACACUCCUCAUCUAAUCUAAACCUCGGCACGAAAAGACAAUCUUUAUGGGGGUCGUACCAUAUUGCACUGGAGGAGCAUCCUGACAAGCGAGAUGCAGCGGACGCAGACGUUGUCUUCGUACAAUAUUCGAACGCGCAGGCAGCUGCAGGAGGCACACAGUUUUUCAUUUAAGUAUCUCGACAUCUUGAACUUGAACUUGAUGAUGAAUAAGCAUCUAUAAGAAUUUUUACCAACAGAAUAAAACUGAACUUUCAUCUACACACUUUGGCUGACGUCGUCAUUUCUCUAAGGCAAGGCCUCAACUGGGCUUGAAUAGUACUGGAAAGUAGCGAUGUGAUGGGGUAGUUCCUAGACCUAAAUCAGUGAAAGACUUCUUACAGAAAAAUCGUUUUUCGAUUUUCUAAGUCUAGGUAAAAGUCGUAUUUAGGUAAAAUAUCAAGGAACGGUGACCAGCUGUUCUAAUUUGUGCGUCGCGUAGACACUUACGACGGUGGAGAACAGUUUCAGUAUCAGGAUGAGACACAGGAAUACGAUACAGACACAGGAGCUUUCACCCAAAAGGAACAGAUGGAGAUAAGAAGCCAAGCAGAAUUUUUCCGGUCGUUGAGCGACGAGACGCUGUUUCCUCCUCGCAGUCCUGAGCGCCCCUACGUAGUCCAGAUGAAUGGCGAAUAUAACGUGGGACCCUCUCUCCGGAAUUUCAUCCAGAAACUUAUGAUCAGAAAAGAUCAAAGGCUGCCGUCUUGGACUCAUACAUACAGAAGUACAAAUCAGAAGUAGUAUUCACAGUACCCAUAAAAGUACAAUUUAUUAGAAAACGUCGAAUUGUGGCUCAUAGAAGUUGUACAACCCAAGGUCAACAUGAUGACAGUUGGCGCAGUGAAUAGAUAACUAGUCAAAAAAAUGCAAGGAGGAAAGCCAAAAUAUCAAAGAACCAGAACUGAAAGGUAAAAUGUGAUUGAGUGAAAAUUAAAUCACUGUUUGAAAUGUGGCUGCUAGAUUAUGCGAGUAUUUGUUGUUUUUCCUGCUCUCCUUGUCCUUUUUGUUUUUCCUGCUCUCCUUGUCCUUGCUUCAUAUAACGUGCGGUCGGGCUUCGAGCUAAAGAGGGGUCGUCCGAGCUCGGUGGUGACUUCCUCUUCAUCAACUUCGAGAGGCUCAUGCAUGAUCAGGAACAGAAUACUACACGACACGCACUUCCUGGUGUCACUUUUCCAUACGGGAACUGCGCCCGUGCCAAAGAGCUUGAUUAAGAAACUUCACUUCUACUUAUAAUCACUACUUAUAAGUGAUGAAAGUGGUCUUGGUCUUGCUGCAGCAAGUAGUACUUGAUCCUGAGAAAGAGCUCGAUUAAGCAACUUCACUACUUAUAAGAUGAAAGUGAUCUUGGUCUUGAUCCUGAGAAGAACUUCUUCUAAGUACUACUUGAUCCGGAUAAGAAGGUAGUACUUGAUCCUGAGAACAAGAACUUCUUCUGAGUAGGUUCAUCCCUAGGUCCCUCCCCAUCGGCUGUCCCUCACCUUCAUCCCUAGUACAGAAGCGGUGUUGGGGAUACGCAGGCUUUGUCAUGUCCUGAUUGUGAGUCAGAUCCUGGGCUGAUAGGGAGCCAUGUGUGUAUCGAUGUCGAUCCUGAAGAGGACUCGUCUUAGCAACAUACUUCUCUAAUUUGAGCCACUGAAGAUGGUCAGCAAAACUUCUGCAAGCGGAGGUGGUGGGACGAUUAGUUUUAUCAAGCGAGACGAUCUAGAUGAAGAAGCGGCGAAGAAGACCGAGAAGGUGAAUAAAUUGCAGCCGUCCGCCUUUGGUCAGGAGGAUGAUAGUAAUGGAAAGACCUUCUUCCUUAUGGGUAGCGUCAACCCAUCCCUCACACCAUCUCUUGGCCGAUUUCGACUUCAAAAGUGCUAAAAGACGUUCCAAAAGAUGGGUUGUCGGUGCCUCUAACUUCCUGACGGGUCGCUGGCAUUCGAACAAGAACCCGCGUGCACCCACUCGCCUUAAUAUGGAUAAGACCUUCGCAGCAUUCUACGCCGCCCAAAAUAUCAAGAGUGAGGCGGACUUCUUCGGCUUGCACCGAACACCUACAACCUUCUCGUUGGCACAAUUUGUAAACAAGCGCAGUUUUGCGACCUCCCCCAGUUCUUUUGUGCACAACAGUACAAUAGUGAGUCAGAAUCUGCAAGAAGUAGGGAUAUCAGCUUCAACAGCGACCGGAACUAGGCAAAGUAGACAACAAGAACUACUGUGGUCUUCUUCUUGCAUCUCACCACCUCUCCGCAUUGUGUGCGAUCGCUUGGAGACCAAAACGGAUGCACCAGAGGUGUUGCGCGACUUGUUCGACCGCGUGCCGUACGAAAAUCUGAUGCAGGACACGGUCUACAGCGCCUUCACGCGCGGCCACUGUCGCGACUCCGAACGCCUCGGUGCAAUCCUCGCCGCCGGCAGCGUUCCUGUCAUCUUCGCGAAUCGGAUCACCUUUUAAGGAGGCGGUGGACCAAAAUGGUUUUGAUAAGUACUCAGAGAUACUACAGAAGAUUGAUAAUUACUUAGUUGCAGUUCCCUCAGCAGCUUCCUUCCAGUUCUUAGGAGGUUCAGUUUGAGAGGAUGGCUUCCACAGUAAUUGUAUUGAUUUAUCGUCAUGCCACCAUGUACGCGAAGCUGCUUGACUGGGAUGCCUGUGAUUAGACCUUGCAUAUAUUUAUCUUGAAAAGCAUCUUUGACACGUUAUAUUAUGUCAUUAAGGGAAUAAAAUGAGGGAAAGUUAACUGCUACUACAUAGACACACUUUUUAUGUGCUAAAAAGAUCACUAUUCCUACUCCGCUAGCCCUGUUGCCAACUUUCCAGAUGGCCGUAGCUCCCUUCCAGUUCUUAGGAGGUUCAGUUUGAGAGCAUGGCUUCCACAGAUUAGACUUGUCUCUAAGUCUAGCCCUACGCGCAGCUGAUAGAUUGGGAGCGACUCGUAGUACGGGUCGACGAGAGUGCGCUAGACGGAACGGCACGUGGCGCUGAAGCUGUGAUCUCGAAGAUUCGGGCAUCGUGGCAGCGUGACGGAGGGGAGUGGCCGCCUCGCGACCGCCUCGUCCGCGUGUCCCCUGCGAGCUCGUCUUCUGAGGAGAAGAAAGAUCAUCAUCAGGAGAAUAAGUCCUCGAAGAGCUCGGAGGAGAAGAAGAAUCCUGAAGAUGAUGGUGUUGCGGAACUUCGCGCGGAAUACGUGUUGCCCCCAGCGAUGCUGCGAAAGCGCGCAGAAAUCAAGCGAGUCUACAACAAAUACUUUCUUGAUGAAGGCGAGAAGUGCAUCACAAAAAAGAUUGAUUUAAGGCAGCAUUCAAUUUCAUCGGGGAUACACUCAUUGGGUAAAGUACUACUGCUACUAGGGCUACUUCCACGACAAUCAUUUCUUUGAGGAUGGGUGACGCUUCUAGCAAACCUGCUUCCUCUUAGAAGACGAUGAACAUAGAACACCACUAGUACCAUGUGGAUUUCAUCUCUAAGAGACUCGAUGUUGAGGGCGCUCCGACGCACGAUUGACAACGUUAUCGCGUCGCCGCCAGAAAUUUCCCGCAUGAUACCAGAGAUCGAAGCUGAGGCUUCCAAAGAUGCCACAAACAACAAGUGGUUUUACUUCCUAUGA